GUCGAAAAGGAGAUAUCCUUCGAGGUUCAAUAUGCUGUCUUGCACUACUUGUAGUUGUUCUGGCUGGUAUUUAUGUCGUUUUAAGCAGACCUCAUCAUUUUAAUAAAACAUCUAAGCCUUCUGUUGAACAAUUUAAAAUUAUUGGAAAAGCUCUCGACAGUCUCUGCAUGGCACAAGCUUUAAUUCACCCUUUUGGAAAGAUUUUUAGUUGCAAUAUUUUUCGUCGUUCCCGAUUUGAACAAAAACUAUUUUGCGAAUUUUCCCUAGCAGAAAAUGCUGGAGUGUCUCCAGGAAAAGAAUUAGCAAUAAUUAAAAAUGAUGGACAAAAAGGGUUAAUUUUAAUUAAAGAAGGUGUGUUAUUGUCUUUAUUAAAAAAACAAAAAUCAGAAUUACAAAUUGUAAAUAAAUAA